CUUUGCUCCCCUCUUGGCAGGUCGUGGCACUCACCCUGCUGACGGCCUCGGGGGAGAUCCUGGAGUGCUCUGAGUCCAUCAACGUGGACAUCUUCCAGGCUGCUCGCCUGCAUCUUGGCUGCUUGGGUGUCGUGCUCACCAUCACCUUCCAGUGUGUGCCUCAGUUCUACCUGCAGGAGGUGACCUUCCCCUCCACCCUCACCCAGGUCCUUGAGCACCUGGAUGACCACCUGAAGAGGUCCCAAUACUUCAGAUUCCUCUGGUUCCCUCACAGUGAGAACGUCAGCGUCAUCUACCAGGAUCCUACCACCAAGCCCCCCUCUUCCUCUGCCAGCUGGUUGUGGGAUUAUGCUGUUGGCUAUUAUUUGUUGGAGUUUCUGCUCUGGAUCAGCACCUUCGUGCCCUCCUUGGUGUGCUGGAUCAACCGCUUCUUCUUCUGGCUGCUCUUCAGCUCCCGGGUGGAGAACGUUGCCAUCAGCUACAAGAUCUUCAACUACGAGUGUCGCUUCAAGCAGCACGUUCAAGACUGGGCCAUCCCCAUUGAGAAGACCAAGGAGGCUCUGCUGGAGCUGAAGGCUGCCUUGGAGAACAACCCCAAGAUGGUGGCUCACUACCCCGUGGAGGUGCGCUUCGCUCGGGGGGAUGAGAUCUGGCUGAGUCCUUGCUUCCAGAGAGACAGCUGCUACAUGAACAUCAUCAUGUACAGGCCCUACGGGAAGAACGUCCCCCGCCUCAACUACUGGCUGACCUACGAGGGCAUCAUGAAGAAGCACGGUGGGAGACCACACUGGGCAAAGGCCCACAGCUGCACCCGGAAGGACUUUGAGAAGAUGUACCCAGCCUUCCCCAAAUUCUGCUCCAUCCGGGAGAAGCUGGACCCAGCAGGGAUCUUCCUGAACGCCUACCUAGAGAAGGUGUUUUACUGA